GAUCGCCCAGAGAGAGAGAGAGAGAGAGAGGGGGAGAAAAGAGGAAAAGUAACUCUCGGAAGGAAAAAAAACUCAUGGUGCUGGUGGUACACGGUCGCAAGGAGGAGGGAAGUCUACUCUACUAUUAAUCGGAUCGUGGAGAUUUCGUGACCGCAGACGAGCACCCGACGAGCGUGCAGGUCGACUUCUCGCGGAGCCGGAGUGUCAUUCCCAAAGUUGGAUGUGUUUCGGCGGCGGCGGAGGAGUCGAGAUUUUGGACUUGAGAGAGAGAGAGACAGAGAGACAGAGAGAAAGAGAGAGAGAGAGAGAGAGAGAGAGAGAGGACUUCACUUUACUACAGCCUGAUCUCUGCCCCGACUCAAAGUUACCAGGGGAGGUCACAGUUUGUUUUCGCUCAGUUCGGAAACAAGCUCCGCCGCAACAGUUUCUUGUUGUGUCCUUCAACGUGCCGACCGGCGCAUGUUUUCAAACAUGUCAGCGUCGAGCCGCGCUCCGGUCCCGGGGGUAGAUUUCUUUUUGUAAAAAGCGUUUCCCCCUACGGACUACUUCCAAUUCAAAGUGAAUCUCCUCUGAUUUUUAAAAAAAACCCAAAUAUAUAUAUUUGUUUUUUUGUUUUUGUAAAGCCUGCGUCGGACAGCGGAGGGAGAAAAAGUUGGACUUGGGAACGUGUGUGUCCUAAACUGACGGUGACCGGGAUGGACGCGGGUUUCGCGGCGAUGCGUUGUAGCCGGUGGAAGCCCAGCAGCUCGUCAACGUGCCGUUGAGGGAACUCGGUUCCUCCCGAGGCGACGCUCAUAUAUCCCGGUGUGUGGGUCGGAGCGAGGGAGCGAGAGAGGGGGGGGAGAGAGAGAGAGAGAGAGAGAGAGAGAGAGAGAGAGAGAGAGAGAGAGAGAGAGAGCUCGGCGGCCGCGCUAUUAACGCUGGAUACAAAAUGGCGGCGUCCCCGGGACGAUUUGGAUCUGUUUCCACUUGUGCGCUUUAUUUCAUUCUGACGCUCGGACUGCUCGUCGGCGGCGGGUCGGGCUCGGACCCGCCGUGCCCUGAGAACUGUACCUGCGGCGGGGACUCGGUGGACUGCGGCGGCCUGGAGCUGACGGCGACGCCUCCGGACCUUCCAGCCCGGACCGUCUCCUUAAAUCUUGGCCACAACAAGCUGACCGCCAUCAGUGUCGAAGCCUUCGCCAACCUGCCCAACUUGAGAGAGCUGCGGCUGGACCACAAUGAGCUGACCUCCAUACCAGAUUUAGGACCGGCUGCCUCCAAGAUAGUAUCGCUCUACCUACAUCACAACAAGAUCCGCAGUAUUGAUGGCAGGCGGACCAGGGAGCUGGUGUCAGUGGAAACUCUGGACCUGAGCAAUAACGACAUCACAGAGUUGCGAGGGCACUGCUUCACCGCCGGCCUUCAAAUCCAAGACCUGUACCUGAGCAACAACAAGAUCAGCGUGUUGGAGCUUGGCGCUCUGGACCACCUGGGCUCGACGCUGCAGGUCCUGAGACUGAGCCGAAACCGCAUCAGCCAGAUCCCCGUGAGAGCCUUCCAGCUCCCGAGGCUCACCCAGCUUGAGCUGAACAGGAACCGCAUUCGCCAGGUGGAGGGUCUGACCUUCCAGGGCCUGUCCAGCCUGGAGGUGCUCAAGCUGCAAAGGAACAGCAUCAGCAAGUUGACGGACGGCGCCUUCUGGGACCUGGCAAAGAUGAAAGUCCUUCACCUGGACUACAACAGCCUGACGGAGGUGAACAGCGGCUCCCUGUACGGCCUGACUUCCCUCCAGCAGCUGUACCUCAGCAACAACUCCAUAGCCCGCAUCAAUCCAGACGGAUGGAAGUUCUGCCAGAAGCUGAGGGAACUCAAUCUGUCAUACAACAACCUGACUCGUCUGGAUGAAGGCAGCCUCGCCGUGCUGGGGGAUCUCCACACCCUCCGUCUGGGCCACAACUCCAUCGGCCACAUCACAGAAGGGGCCUUCAGAGGCCUCAAGGCCGUGCGCCUCCUGGAGCUGGACCAUAACGACAUCUCUGGCACAAUAGAGGACACCAACGGGGCCUUCUCCGGAUUGGACAGCCUCAACAAGCUGACUCUGUUUGGAAACAAGAUCAAGUCAGUGGCCAAGAAAGCCUUCUCUGGCCUGGAGACCCUGGAACACCUGAACCUGGGAGAGAACGCCAUCCGCUCCAUCCAGCCUGACGCCUUCAGCAAGAUAAAGAGCCUCAAAUCCCUUCUGAUUCAGAGCGACAGCUUCCUGUGUGACUGCCAGCUCCAGUGGCUGCCCGACUGGCUGGUGACUCGCGGUCUACAGGCUGGAGUCAACGCCACCUGUGCCCACCCAGAGAGCCUGAAGGGCACCAGCAUCUUCCAGGCCCCGGCCAGCAGCUUUUUGUGUGACGACCUCCCGAAGCCCCAGAUCACGGUUCAACCGGAGGCCACGGUGACGGUCCUUGGCAGCAACGUGCGUCUCACCUGCACGGCCGCGAGCAGCAGCUCGUCCCCCAUGACCUUCGCGUGGCGGAAGGACCAGGAGCUGCUCCAGCACGCCGAGACGGAGAACUACGCCCACGUGCAGGCCCAUCAGGGCACGCCGCGGGACGGGCCCGGCGCAGGCGUGAUGGAGUACACCACCAUCCUGCACCUGCGGCAUGUCACCUUCGCGCACGAGGGCCGCUACCAGUGCAUCAUCACCAACCACUUUGGCUCCACCUACUCCAGCAAGGCCCGCCUAAUCGUCAACGUUCUUCCGUCCUUUGUAAAGACGCCCAAGGACAGUACCAUCCGGACGGGCCACACGGCCAGGCUGGAGUGUGCCGCCGAGGGCCACCCGUCGCCGCAGAUCGCUUGGCAGAAGGACGGCGGCACGGACUUCCCCGCCGCCCGCGAGCGCCGCAUGCACGUCAUGCCAGAUGACGACGUGUUCUUCAUCACGGACGUCAAGCCGGAGGACAUGGGCGUGUACAGCUGCACGGCCAAGAACACAGCCGGCACCAUGUCCGCCAACGCCACCCUCACUGUGCUGGAAACCCCCCACCUGGCCCAGGACCUGGAGGACCGCAGCGUGGUGGUCGGCGACACGGUGGCCCUGCAGUGCAAGGCCCUCGGCAGCCCGCCGCCGCGCAUCACCUGGCUGCGCAACGACCAGCCGCUGCGCCCGUCCGACCGCCACCACUUCACACCGGGCAACCAGCUGCUGGUCAUCGGCGCCGCCUCGCUGGAGGACGCCGGCCGCUACACCUGCCUCAUGUCCAACACGCUGGGCACGGAGCGCGCCCACAGCCAGGUGGUGGUGACGCAGGGAAGGGGCCCCUGCGCGUCGCCACCGGGGCCCAGCACAGUCACCAUAGGGAUCAUCGUCAUCGCCGUGGUGACGAGUAUUGUGGUGACGUCGCUGGUGUGGGUGUGCAUCAUCUACCAGACGAGGAAGAAGAGCGAGGAGUGCAGCGUCACCAACACCGAUGAGACCAUCGUUCCCCCCGACGUGCCCAGUUACCUCUCGUCCCAGGGCACUCUGUCCGAGCGGCAGGAUGUGUGUAUCCGCGUGGAGGCCGGCGGCGGACCUCAGCCCAACGGACACGUCGUAGACACCGCAGAUUUCGACGGUGCAGUGGUUUGCACAGAUUGCAUGGAGAAUGGCAACAGCUACUCCAAAGACCCUGACUACCUGACGCACUGCUACGGCCCCGCCGGAGGCGUGGAUUACCAGCAGCACGCCGUCCCACCCCCGUACUCACACUUCUACCCAGCGGAGCAUCGCGACGCCGUGUCGCACGCAGCGCCGCUCUGCAACGGGACGCCCAACGGCAUCCGGAAGGACGCUCAAGGAUCCACGCUUCCGAAGAACCACGACACGAACCAGCACGAUAGAAAAGGGCGGGACAGCAGAGCGGGACAGACGCCGGCGCGCUCCCCGUCGCAGGAGGAGUCCUUCCACAAACCGGUGAAGCUGGCCGGCGCAAUGAGCCGCGGCCGCCCCGACUCGGACUGUGAGCCUGAGCUCCGGCAGACACUGCUGUCGAACGGACACGCCCUCAGGGCCUCUCAGAGCGAGAGCGCCCCGCUGAGGAGAGCCAGCGACUAGCAGGCCGCCGCAUCCCACCCCAAAAAACACGGACUCUCGGAAGAUGAGUGGACUUGAAUUGUGUUUUUUUCCUUUUUUUUUGCACUGGGAAAUAAACUGCUACCUCAUAUCGAGGCGAUUGAUCCUGCGCCCCCUGGAUAUGGACUGACAGGUUUGCGCCAGGAAAACAAAAAACAAAAACGCAGGCGGGAUCCGGAGUUUGAAGGCGGAGCUUGUGUGGGGGGCGUCCCACCUGAGCGUAUCAGCUGUACAUAGUUAUAACCUUCCCCUGGGAGGUGAAACGUUAAAAUUCUAGCUCCAAAAAAAAUGUGAUUUGCAUUUGAAGCAUGUAAAUGUAGGGAAGCUUGUACAGUGUAUAUGUACGUGCGGGGGCGAAAAAAAGAGAAAUAUACCUUUUGGACUUUUGACUGUACAUAAGAGUUUUCUUAUAUUAUAUAUUAUAUAGCUUUUACAGAAGAGUAUUUGAAUUUAUGUGCAUGACAGAGAGGAGUGAUGGUAUUUUUAUUUUUCUUCAAAAAAACAAACGACCAUGGAAAAAAACCCUGCCUUUUUCAGCUUCGACCAACGUUCAGCUGCGGUGCCUUAUUGCAUGAUCAAAGAAAAGUCAACUUGUAAUAGCAUAUAUCGAGAGACGCUGUGUGAGAGAUACUGGUACACGAAACAAAACAAAAAACACUUGAUUGCACUUGAAUGUUGUUUUCCGUGUUUUCUUUCUGACGAAUACUGCCGACAGAAAAACCCCCCACAGUUCUCACUUGUUAUUGAAUGAAGGAAGAGCUUUGAUGUGAAUUAUUUUACGGUACGUCAGGCGGGUUUCAAGGUGCGGUCAUUCCAAAGCGCUUUUGAUGCUCCGCAAACAAACAGAUUGUGUACACGAUAUCUGCCGAGGAGGGAAAAACAGGAAGCUCGUCUGCUUGUGGAGACAUUCCGCACGUUGUGACACGGUCGCGUCGACGGGUUCAGGUUCACACUGUAACAUUAAGGCUCGCGGUCCGCUAGCCGUCGGUUCUGUGAGUCCGCCGGGAAUCCGGGGUUUUCGUCUCAGCCCUGGCUCUGUGCAUCGAAAAACAAAACAAACGGCUCAGGUCGCAGUUUGUAAAAAGUCACGCAGAGGGUUUCGGCCUAUCGGUUAGGGCGUCCGUCUCCCGUAACCCGACAGGGAAACGAGAUCUCUCCAAAAAUCACUGCCCCUUUAAAUUGAACAAAUUCUUACGCUUUGAGUUGGGGGAAAGAAAAAAAAGACGGAGAGUCAGGGAGGAAGAUGUUGUAUUGUGUCAUCAUGUUACUGCUGUAAUGUUCCUCAAGACGGCCAGUAUUCCACCUCUGUCGCACCAAUGACUCUCAGUAUCACAACAGGUGAAUCAUGUUGUUGUUGCUGUUGUUGUUUUUAACCAUAAAGGUUCGGCGUGAUGCUGUGAACAGUGGGAAAAAGCUUGUGAAACGGCUCGAACCAAACUCGGAGGAAUAAAGCAGCCGGACGCUCCUGAACACACACUGGGUCCGGAACCAGUCCGGAGCAGUUGCAUCGUCUAGUUUCUUUUCUUUCUUUUUUUGUUCUUUUGUGAACCGUGUUCUGCUACCAGCGGCCUUAUCGAGGUAAACCGGAGGACACGGUCCUCUGGUUACACCUGAUAGCACCCAUCACAGAUGGGGUUUGUUUUUUCUUAAAACCAGGAAGACCAAUCACAGAGAGGCCCGCUGGUAAACCAAUCCCAGUGUAGCAGGUUAAAAGGGACGAGGCGGAGCGAGGAGGCGCAGUUUUUGUGUUCGGAGUUAUUUAUUGAAGCAAACUGUCUGAAAACCGUUUGUACCAGUGUCGAAGCUAAAAUGGUGAAGUCUAACAUGGCAUUGAAGUGUCUAAUAAAAAUCACAUUUUGCUAUUAUUA